GGAAGGUUUUACGCCCUGACCAGCUGUGCACAUGUUCACACAAGUACUGUCCUGCUCCUGGUGUGGGUGUGGAAUUCCUAAUACCAAUGAAAUGAUUGCAUCUAGCAUCGUUUUAAAUUGUAUCGUCUCUUUUAUCGGAGUUUUUUUUAGUCUGAGCUAAUGUGGUUUGAAACUUUUCUGGGACAGCGGAAACACGGCAUCUCUCCCCCCACCUACUUUGUCAAUGUGGUCAGUCCUUUUUUUGGUCCUGAACGAAAUUAACACACUGUCAAUUGUGAUCCUGUCCCUCGGAAAAUGUGGCCUCUCCAGAUGCACCACUCAUUACCUCGUAGCCAUGGCAACAGCGGAUCUGAUGGUCAUCAUCACUGAUGUUAUACUGUAUCAGCUAAAUCACUACUUUUACCAGGGAUCGUUCCUGCAUCUUACACCAGCGUGCAUUGUGAUUGACUUCCUGCUUUUUGUGAGUUCAGACUGUUCUGUCUGGUUCACUGUCACUUUCUCCGCUGACCGGUUUGUGACCAUUUGUUGCCGGAAGCUGAAACUGAAAUACUGUACUGUGAAAACAGCAGCUGUUAUUCUUUCAACAGCCUGCACUGUAUUCUUUCUAAAAAAUGUUCCCAUUUUCAUUAUACGGGAAACUAAGAUUGUGGUUGACAAUGUACACUGGUCUUGUCAAAUGAAGCCAAGUUAUUAUACUGAAGUCGGGUGGGUAGUUUAUGACUGGUUUGAUAAAGUGUUAACACCAUUACUCCCAUUCAUUUUAGUUUUGCUCUUCAACGCUCUGACAGUCAGAUCCAUUUUAAUCGUGAAUCGGAUCCGUAGAGGAUUGAGGAGUCAGAACACGGAAGAGAAGCAUAGUGACCCUGAGAUGGAAAGCAGAAGAAAGUCAAUGAUUUUACUGUUCGCCAUAUCUAGCAGCUUCAUACUGCUGUGGUCACCCUAUGUAAUAAAUUUUUUAUAUUAUCGGAUUGCAGCAAUCGAUCCCAGAUUUUACAAUGACAGCUUGCACAUUUUUGAAAGAGUUGGAUAUAUGCUGCUGAGUCUGAAUUGUUGCACAAAUGCGUUCAUUUAUGGAGUAACUCAGUCUAAGUUCAGGAAACAGUUCAUUAGAUUUGUAAAAUACCCAUUGGCUUCAAUCAAGUGAAUCUUUACUUUGAAAAUGAAUUGACAACAAUCUGUAAGCCAAUACCGUAAACCCCUGCUUUGAUGAGUGCAGAACUGAGUAAUAAACAUCUGUCAAAUGAUUUGUAUUGAACGUUUGUUCCAAUGAAAGACCGAAC